AUGGCUUCCUGGAACAUUAGAGGGUUCAAUAAUGCCUCUAAAGUUAUGUCUUGCAAGUCUUUGGUGAAUAAGUUUACAUUAGAUUUGCUGUUUAUUCUGGAAGCAAAAAUUUCAGCUACUGCAGUCAUGGACGACUGGUUUUUUAACUCUCACAUGGUUUUCCCUAUUGAGGGAUCUUAUAACAAUUUCUCUUACUCUGCUCCUAGUCAUAUUUGGGUGAAGUGGAAUGCUCAAAAGGUUAAUUUUAGGCCUUUAUUUACCUCUAGCCAAGUUAUUCAUGGUGUAAUUCAAGCUGAGAAUAUGGAUAUUUGCUGCAUCUCUGUCAUCUAUGCCUCUAACUCUAUUGUCGAAAGACAACUGCUUUGUAAUACGAUUACUUCUCUGGUCAGCAACACUACUCUGCCAUUCUUUACGGAUAAAGCUGUGGGUCUUCCUCUCUCUCAUAGCAAAUUGGGCGAGCUCAACAAUUUUGUUUACAAUUCGGGUAUCUUUGAAUUAGCCUCGGUUGGUCAUUACUUCACCUGGUUUAACCACAGAUUAGAUGACCCAAUUCAUAUUAAGCUUGAUAGAGCCUUUAUCAAUGAGGCUUGGUUGUCUUCUUUUCCCAACUCCUUCUAUAUUGUCAGUGACCCCGAUAUCUCUGAUCAUUGCCCUAUUAUUCUCCACUUGGAUUCCCCUUCCACCAAAAAACACUAUUUUAUGUAUAAGAACUUCUGGAAUACUUUGCCUACUUUUUGGAAGAAUGUUUUGGAGGUUUUCACCCGUCCUGCUUCUGGUAGUCCUAUCUGUGACCACUACCAUAAACUUCGUGAGCUAAAAGGCCACUUAAAGCAUAAUAAUUUGAACUCUUCCAACUAUAUUAGAGAUGAGAUGGAGUCCCUCUCUCAGGCUCAAAUUGAAAUUCUUUCCAUCCUCCAAAAUGACCCUUUGAACUAUGCUCUUAAUGCUAGACUCAAGUUUAUCAACUCUGAACUUUCUGAUAACAAAGCUAGAUGGGUUGACUGGAUUUCUCAAAGAAGUAGAGCUAGAUGGCUCAAAGAUGGUGAGGAUGACUUGAAGUUUAUUUACACCAACAUUAAUAGUAGGCACAUUUCCAAUCAGAUUAGAGGGAUCAAGGUGGAUGGUGUGCUUUAUGACACCAUUUAUGGUAUUUCUUCUGCCUUUAUUAAUCACUUCCAACAACUUUUCAAUGGGGCUCCCCCCAUUGGGAUUGAUUGUUUACCUCCUGGAAAUUCUAUUCCUACUGAUUUAGUUGAUGGACUUAUUGCUCCUUUCACUGUGGAAGAGAUUAAAAAUGUCAUUUUUUCUGCACCUACUACUGCAACACCUGGGUCGGACGGCUUCACCUUUGAAUUCUAUAAGGCCACUUGGAAUUCCCUUGGAAAUUAG